AUGGCCACGACACUGGGGCAAGGUGGUCAACUAAAUGCCAAUAGUUCCUGGUUCCAGGGACCAGAAUUUUUAUUAUUACGGGAAGAAGAUUGGCCGCAGCCAAAAUCCAUUCUGCCCACUGAGGAAGAACAAAAACAUUGCUUUGUUCAUCAAGCUGUAGUUAUCCCAGAGUCAAUGAUUGAUACGGACAUGUAUUCCAAAUGGGAACGAAUGAUGAGAACGCUGGCCUACGUUUUCCGAUACGUCGACCUCUUUGAGAAGCGUCAAUUUCGGUUUAAAGGAGUUCGCCUCAAUCAAGCUGAACUACAAUCUCGGUUGAAAGGGGUUCGCUUAAAUCAAGCUGAAUUGCAGAAAGCAGAAAACUACUUGUUCCGGACAGCUCAAUGGUCGGGCUUCCCAGAAGAAGUUUCUACGCUCUUUUAUCAACGUCGAAAGUCGAAUUCGAACCAAGUUCCAAUAAAGAAAGGAAGCAAACUCUACAAGCUUUGUCCUUACAUGGACGAGCACAGCAUCAUGCGUGUCGACGGACGAAUCGGUGCGGCCGUCAAUAGAGGAGACAACGUGAAAUUUCUCGUGAUACUACCCAAGACCCAUCGAGUUACAGUACUACUGAUCGACUUCUACCAUCGUAAAUACAAACACGCAAACUUCGAGACUGUUGUUAACGAACUUCGCCAGAUUGUCUAUAUUCCCCAAGCUCGCUCUCGUGUCGAGCAGGUGAUAAAACGCUGCCAAUACUGUAGAGUGUACAAAACCAGACCACAAGUCCCUUUGGAAGGCCCCCCUACCAACGUCAAAAUAGGCAGAAGCUCGACAAAACGGUGGAUUGCACUCUUCACGUGCCUAACAUUGCACGCUGUACACGUUGAGGUGGUUUUCAGCCUGAGUACGGAGUCCUACAUCAUGGCAAUUCGUCGUUUUAUAGGCCGUCGUGGCUCCCCACUGGAAUUUUAUUCGGAUAAUGGCACCAAUUUCCGAGGAGCUGACAAUGUACUGCAGACACAGGUGCAAAACAUCCAAGAGGGACUGUUUCCAACAUUCACUAACACGGCUACUAAAUGGAUAUUCAUUCCACCAGGUACGCCUCACAUGGGUGGCCUAGGAACGAAUGGUGCGCUCCAUAAAGACGGCUAUGGAAAGCAGUGCAGUGAAGCAGAAGAGAAGGAAGCACUCACUCCCAACCACGUACUUCUUGGAAGUUCCAGCGGUGUGAAACAACCAUCUUUAGAACCACUGGACGAAGUUCUGGUGCUAAAAAACGCUUGGAACCAGGUUCAGCAUCAGGCAGACAUGUUUUGGCGUCGAUGGGUUCGAGAAUAUAUGCCGGAGUUAACACGUCCGACGAAAUGGCUCGCUGAAACUCGACCGGUUCGAGUAGGAGAUCUGGUAAUUAUCGUAGACGAGGCGCGAAGAAACGGUUGGGUACGCGGCAGGGUUAACGAAGUCAUUCCGGGGCAAGAUGGGCGUAUAAGAAAAGCUAUGGUGCAAACUCAAAAGGGGCUCACAAGGCAAUCGGUCUCAAAACUUGUAGUGCUAGACGUGGCUGCAGAUGCAUUUGGCCAGUCCUAA